ACAAUGAGUGGCGUUGACGGGUUAAGAGCUUGUCAGAGGGCGGUUUAGGUUAACAUUGUAAGGCGUUGACGGUUAAGAGCUUGUCAGAGGACGGGUUAGGUUAACAAUGAGUGGCAUGGACGGGUUAAAAACUUGUCAGAGGUCGGGUUAGGUUAACAUUAUAAGGCGUGCGUGGACGGGUUAGAUUUGGCAAGACUACGAAGUGUCGGUGAUGUGCUCAGGAGUCGAGGCGUGACAGGUGCUGUCCGCUGCCUGGGGCGUGACGGGACAGGUGUGCGGGGCGGGCGUGUGUAUCAAGGAGGAGCGGCGGAGUGAUAUAUAUCAGUGAGGGCGGGAGGCAAAGUGCGUCGAGGCUAGGGCUGUCGUGGGCGUGCGGGCGUGUGUGUGUGUGUGAGGAGGUGAGGGCGAUGACAACUCACGGCACCGCAGACGGGAAGGGAGUCUUUGGUGUGCGGGAAGGGAGGAGGGAAGGGCGUGAGGGAGGGCGAGAGGUGCAGGGUGCGAGCGGCGGGCGUGGUGAGGGCGUGCCUGGUGGAGGUGCGGCGGCAGGCGGCGCAGCGACAGGUGUCAGGCGCCACGUGGAGCGCUGGGCGGCGGGCGCUGCGCCGCAACCCUCCCCUCGCCGCCACUCGUCCCAAACUGACGCCCGCGCCGUCCCCUCGCCGCGCCGGGCCCGCCCUCGCCCGACGCUGAUUUGCCGUCGGGCGGGCGUGCCUCCCCUCGGCGUCCCCCGCCGCGCACCCAUUGGUGGGCAGGCUCGAGGGGCGCAGGCCGGCCCUCCCCUCGGCUGUGAGCGGCUGGCGGCCUGAGGGGCGGCGCGGUCCAGAGGGAGCCGCUCAAUGGGAACAAUAUUUGUAAGUAACAAAACCCAGCCUCCCAGGAGCCGCCCCGUCAAAUUGUUGUGCCUGGCCGAGCCCACUGGUGGCCCGCGCGCCGCCCUCGUCAUCAGCGGCCCCUGGACAGAUCAAUCCCAGUCACCAGGUCCCCGAGCCGUGCCGCCGCCGCCGCCGCCACCACCACGCCUCUCCGCCCCGCCAGCCGCCGCCAGCCGCUAGUCACCGCCACGGAGCCCUGCCGCCCGCAGCGGCCUGGUGUCCCCAGUUAAUGCGCCGUGCCCCAGGGGUCACACUCGCCUCCCCAGUGGCCUACCCGCUGAGUGAGGGCCAGCCGGCGGCGUAGCGUGGCGGCGCCCCCGUGGCCGAGGGUUCCGGCGGGGCGCCAGGAAUGUUCGGGCUGGGCGAGGGCCUGCCGCAGCUGAGGGGCCCCGUCACCAGCCUCAAGGAGGAGCCGCUGUCCUCCGCCAGGGCCUGGAUGCAGCCCACCAUGGUCGAGAACACCCACUCAAGCGUGGGCCUCGGCCGGGCGCACUUCGAGAAGCAGCCGCCGAGCAACCUCCGCAAGUCCAAUUUCUUCCACUUCGUCAUCGCGCUGUACGACCGCGCCGGCCAACCCAUUGAAAUAGAGCGGACGGCCUUCCUCGGCUUUAUAGAGAAGGACCAGGAACCGGAGGGACAGAAGACCAACAAUGGAAUUCACUAUAGGCUUCAACUCCUCUUCGCAAAUGGCGUCAGACAAGAACAAGAAAUAUACCUCAGAAUAAUUGACUCCGUGACCAAACAG